AUGCAGAGCUUUCUGCCGCGCAAGGCUGUCAUCUACUCGGGGCGAGGAUUUGCCUCUGCCUCCGUCACCUUAAGCGAUUCCUGCCAUGGCCAUGCAUUUAGAGAGGUCUUGGGGGGGGCAGACGGAACGCCUACAAAUAUCGCCAAGCGCAGAGGCGUGCGAGAUACAACAGCGGCUGUUAAUUCGCUGGACUACAUCAAGUUGACCUUGCGAAUUACCACUGCGACCACAGAGAAUGUAGGACUGCUGCAAAGCACAAUCACUUGUGGGAGUCAGCGAGUUGAAAUACUGGAUGCCAUUGCCAUUGCCAUUGUCGAUGACACACGUGUAUUCGCAAAGCGAACAUCGACAUCGCGGCCUGUAGAGACGCUGUCCAAUCAGUAA